AUGGCCUCAUCUCCCGCCAGCACCCGCGAAAGGUCACACCUGCUCUCCUUCUACCGAGACCUUGAAGAGAUGCUGAAGGAGGAGCAGGCUACAGCUGCAAAAAUUGUGACCAAGGAGGAACUUCAGGGUGAACCGACUGCUUCAGCUGCCGAAUUUAUGGUUCCUGAACCAGAAGCAGCAAGCUGGGCUGCACUUUCAGCUGUGGGAGCCGGCACGCCCAGGUCCCCUGAGACAUUUGGAGCUGCGCGCAUGCGUUGCCGCCCGGGGGCGGGGCCGGGGCCGGGGGAGUGCCUGGGGGACGCCCGCGGGCUCUGGGGUCUUCGCCCCUGGCCCAGCGCAUCCGGUUCCAGGGCAGCCGCCCAGAUCUCGGACGAGGCGGACCUAUCCCGCCGCCGCAGCCCGGCCGGCGAAGGCCCGGGCGCGCGGAAGGACACGCGGUUGUAUGUCUCCUGGUAUCCUUUCCUUCUGGGGAGCGCGGAGGUCUUCGGGGGGCUGCGCCUCCGCUAG